AUUACGUACCUUAUCUGAUCUUUGACCCGAUAAAGGUCCCAUGAAGGGCCCCACACUAAAUCUUCACUGGUCGCUGCUCCCCUACCAUCCAAAUCGAUCAAAACGAUUUCUUCACUUCGAUAUUGCUUUCCCAACUAACGACAUCGAGUUCAGACAGAACUCGUCUUACGGUGUACAACGAACAAGCCUGUCUGAUGCCGACCUUGAUAAGUCGGCCGCCGAUGAGAAGCUGGUGAAGAUGACCAUCAACUUUCAGCGAGGUCCGUUCGAGUGGGACAUCGACGUGAAGCGCGAUAAAGGCAUUCGUGUUCGCGAUGUCUUUGAGGCGAUAUAUGCAGCUUUUGACGUAUCGCUCACACCUCAUGAGAAAGACUUAAUCCCGCACCAUCGCCGUGCGGUAUACGAAGAGGCGUUCAGGCUUCGUUGCAAGCUAGCUCCAGGGCUUCCUAUCGUCGAGCAGCGCCAAGGCUGGAAGCGCGUAGACAUGCUUCUGCACGAGACCCUCUUCCGUGGUCUCACUCAGCCGAAGUCAGGAGGAGACUGGGUAUUGAAUCUCAGCGGGUCGGUGCCCGUAUCCAAACACUGAAGAACCUUACGAUCAUUGCAUAGUUUUUUUUCUCUCACUGUACUCUUGAAUUGGAUUCCAGCAUUUCAGCCACGCUCAUUUGGCUUC